AUGGGCGCGUUUCUUGGUCGGCCUCGGCCGAUCAGGGCCGACGGGAAAGUCGUGCUCAUAACUGGGUGUUCCGAGGGCGGAAUCGGUUACGCAUUAGCAGUAGAGUACGCCCGACGAGGGGCCACGGUGUACGCUACUGCGCGCCGAUUGGAGGCCAUGCGCGGGUUACAGGAGCAGGGCGUGACUAUAAUGAAGCUAGAUGUGACAAACGAGGAAGAUAUUCAGCAUGCAGUUGAGACAAUUAUGAGGGAUGCUGGGCGAGUAGACGUUCUCGUCAACAAUGCUGCUGUCUUUGCCACGCGUCCCUUGGCCGACACUCCGCUUCCGGAUUGGCGCGCGCUGUUCGAGACGAACCUGCUCGGCGUGGUUGCGAUGGCCCAAGCCGUGUUCCCACACAUGGCCGAGAGGAAGCAGGGACUCGUUAUAAACGUCUCCAGCUGCGCGGGUUUCUGCCACCUCCCCAUGGCAGCAGCCUAUUCGGCAUCCAAGGCAGCACUGAACGCAGCGACCAACUGCAUGCGCAUGGAGAUGAAGCCCUUUGGAGUGCGUGUCAUGCUAGCAGUGCCGGGAUUCAUCAAGACCAAGAUACACAGCAAUGAGCAGCACAACAGGAAACCGUUGCCAUCCAACAGCUUGUACAAGUCAUGUGAGAGUCGGCUGAACCACCUUUCCGAGUGGGCAGUGACGAAAUUUGUAGAGACAAGUCCAGAAGAAUUUGCUGAAGCUACUGUGGAUGCUUCUUUGAAGCGUGAUCCCCCAUGGCGCUUCUUUAUGGGGGCGGGAUGGAGGCAGGCAAUGUACGGCGUGUGGUUAUUGCCGAUGUCAUUUAUUGACAUGGAAUUGUGGAAACCCUAUCAAGCUUUCUCUCAUUUCCUUCAGAAUCUCUCAUACCCUUGCAAGACCAUCAUGUACGCGCAAGGGUCCCCGGGGUAUCACACCCCGUACACGUCCCCCUAUGCCUCCCCCUACACCUCCCCGGCCAUGGGGGGCCAACUCCCGCGCCGGCCGAUCCCCAUGCCUUCCGGUUCCGCGCCCGCCACCCCCUCCUCGGGGGACGCGCGGCUCGCCGCGUCGCACGGCUUCCAGUACAACGCGCGCGUCGCCACGGCGCUGCUGCCGUGCGUGCUCGUGCUUCUAGGCGCCGGCGGGCCGCUCGUUGUAGGCACACUCGUCGCGGGGCUCAUGAUCUCCUACAUCCUCGACGCGCUGCAGUUCAAAAACGGCGCUUUUGUCGCCAUCUGGUGCACCUUCUUCACCACGGCGGCCGCGCUCGCCUUUUCCGGGCUCGGCUUCGCGCCGCACAUCCCCGUUAUAAUCUCCGUGCUGAUCCUCCUCACGGCGAUGCACCUCGUGUUCCUCUGCGGCGUCUGGGUCUCGCUCCAAUUCCGCUGGCUGCAACUCGAGCAUCCCUUUGUAGUCCUCGCGUUAGAGCGACUCCUGUUCGCGUGCACGCCCAUGACAGCCAUCGCUAUAAUCACAUACGGGCUCAUCGCCGCGAUCGGCGCGGCCCACGCGCCGUUCUACCUCAUGCCGUGCGUGUUCGCGCUCUACUGGCUCUUCUCCCUCCCACGCGCCUCCUCCUUCAAAUCCCCCAAGCACACUCUACAGCAGCAGCAGCAGGCGAGGCACGGAGGCAAAGAAUCCUCCCAGGAUGUGUGGAUUAUCGGGCCGAUGGAAGGGUUGUUUCACAUGAUGCUCGUGCUGUUCCUGCCGUGCGGGUUUCACCUGGCGGUGCAUCAUAACCGCAUCUUUGAGUCCGCGAAUGAAGCGUGCGACACGCUGCUGCUUUUCUUCGUGCCCGUGCUCUUCGUGCUGUACGCGUCGAAGAAAGGGGCGCUCAAUUGGCUCACGACUGACAAGGCCAAGCUCAAACGAGUGCAAAUUCUCAACGGGGGGUUCUCUCUCGCUGUUGUGCUCAUCUGCUUCGAGAUCCGCGUCAUCUUCACGUCCUACGCCCACUACAUUCACUUCCCCCCACCCCUCAACUACCUCCUCGUCGCUCGCCCCUUUUCACCCCCACCCCAACAGGUGCAAAUUCUCAACGGGGGGUUCUCCCUCGCGGUCGUGCUCAUCUGCUUCGAGAUCCGCGUCAUCUUCACCUCCUACGGCCACUACAUCCACUUCCCGCCGCCCCUCAACUACAUGCUCGUCGCUCUUGCGCUCUUUGGCCUCGGAUUCGGCUUCGCCGCGCACAUGAUGGGCGUGCUGAGGGGUGCAGUGGGGUCUGCAGUGGUGACCACCGUGCUGCUGGUGUCUGCUGUGGCUGGAUCGCUCGUCAUUGGCAUGCCCGUCACGGUGCUCCCUGCCCCGGCCAUAGCAGCCGCCUACCUCGCCCAUUACUACACCACGGGAAGCAUCACCUCCUACUUCAUCUUUGCAGCAGCCUCGUUACUAGCAGCAGCGUGGUUCGUCAUGGACCAGUACUUCGCCCUUGCUAUAGUCUUCGCAGGCGUGACCCUCAAGGCCCUGUGCCAGCAGCUGCUACUCCUCCUGCUCCUGGCGCUCUUAGUUCCAGGAGCUGCCCUCUUUCAGAAGUCCCAGCGAGUGGUGGGGAUCAUCGUGGUGGCUCAGGCAUUCCUGUUUGCCGGGCUGGAGUUUUUGCUGUACAACGGGGAGGCUCAUGCUGAAGGCGGUGUGUACCCCGCGUUCCUGGUCCUCGCCACCACGGUGGCUGGGUUUGUCGCGAUGCGCAAGCUGCGGAUAGCGGGGAAGAUCGGGGCGGUGGCGGAGUGGGUGGGCAUAUGUCUGUACCUGUCGAAGCUGCCCAUGCUCGUGGUGCACUCGCAGGGCGUGCUGCUGGGCUCGCAGUUGCUGCUGCUUGCCAUCUCGCCUCCAUUCUUCCUCUACCAGGACAAGUCUCGCCCUGGUUCUCGUAUGAAGCCAUGGAUGGCAGUUAUGCACUCGGCGCUCGUGCUCCUCACAGUGCUCUUCUGUCGCUACGUCAUCUUUGACGUCAUCGUAUCUGCCUCGGGUCACAAGCCCUCCCACGCACUGCUCAUCGGCUCUCUCGGUCUCAUCGCAGUCGCUGGCUGUCUGCCCAUCGGGGUGCUUCACUUCCCCAACAGCCUCAAAGCAAGGAGGGCGGGAGCGCUGGCAGCGGCAGCCUGUCUGCUCUUCCUGAUUCUCCAGCCACCGCUGCCCCCCGCAUGGCACGUGGUGUGGGAUGAAGACCAUUUCCCUGAUGACGAUCCAGACGACUCCACCAUCUAUGGGCAGAGCGUGGAGGGGCCUGUUUGGCCCGUGUGGCUGCUGCUGGGAACGAUCGUUUCUGCACUCGCGGCAUUCUUCUCAGCUAUCCCCAUUGCCAAGGUGGAGUCCGUUCGUCUCAUCUAUUCAUUCGCCAUCGGCCUAUCCUCCGGCAUCUACCUCGCAGCCAAGUUCAUCCCCCUCGCGCCCAUCCUCUGCCGCCUCCUCCUCCUCGCUGCCUCUGUCCUCGCCGCCCUCUUCCUCGUCCUCACGCACCACCCCACCGCCUGGAGCGGCCGGCUCAUGCCCCCCCUCUUCGCUGCCCAGAUCCUGCUCUUCCCGCUGCAGUGGCUGGCGCUCGGGCGGGCGACUUUGGUGGACAAUGGGGAGGGGGAGGAGGUUCCGGAUUUCUAUGAGGAAACACGGCUGGAGACCUACGCCAACUCCCUCUGUGCCAUCUUCUGCACCUUCUUCCUCCUCGCCGCCCUCGUCAUCAAGUUCAAGCUCUCAGCAGCACUACGGGACAAACUCACGGGUGCCGGUGCGGGCAGCGGCCGGGCAGCAGUGGGAGGGGUGGGCGGCGAGGGCUCGUCGACCAAUGGGGAGUCGGCUCUGCCCAAGAGCUCUCCGUUUGGCCCCAAGCACAGAGCCAUACAGACCCGCCCUCUGAACCUGCUCGCAUCCUUCUUUUCCCGCAAGUCCUGGAUGCCUCUGGUGGGCAACAUCAGCACCAUGCUCGCCUUCAUCCUGGCGCUGCUGCUCUCCUCUGAGUUCGCCACCACAGACACCGCCAACCAUGCCAUCUUCCUGCUCGUCCCCAUCCUCCUCCUCCUCAACCAGGACUCGCAAUCCCUCGGCUCUUUCACCGACCGCCACCGCUACUUCCCCCUCACCGCCGUGCUCUCAGGCUACCUCCUCUUUACCGAUUUCCUCCUGCUUUUCUCGGAAGCCUAUUCUGGAAUUUACUACUGGGGGACGGAGUGGUUUUCAGAAGACGACGCCUUUUUCCAGUGCGCGAAAUCCCUCCUCCUCCUGCUGCUCUGCGCGCCGAUGCACUACGUGUUCAAUCGGUUCAUGUGGGAUAACAAGCGGCGUGCAGAUUAUCUGCUCUUGGUGCUCGGACCGUUGUGUCUGCCUGCUGCUGUGCUGCCGACAGGAGGGGAUGAGCUGCCGUCUAUAAGGACGGCCGGGUGCCUUGGAGUGAUGUAUGCUGUGGUGCAGUAUUUGGUUUCUCGGCACAUUAGAAUCGCAGGGAUGAAGUUUAUUUAG